AUUGUACAGAACAAGCAGAGGUAAUGAUGGAGAGUCGUUAAGAACGGGGUAAUGGACAAUGGGGUAAUGGAUUCGAAAAGUCAGGGUAUGAUGGACGACAAGAAGAUAAAUUCAGGUUACGACCAGAGGGCAGACAAGGCAAACACUGAACACAGCACGCGAGAAACACAGAUACACCACACAGUGACUACGCUACCUGAUCAUACCUAUACAAGCUAAUACUACAUUUUCGUUUUUCGUUCCUUGAAAAACAUAUGG